AUGUUCGUGAGUUAUAUCCAUGCUCUCGACACCUUAUGCGACGCACCCAUUAAGACCGGGGCGAGCUACUCGGGCGUUAGUAGAGGGACGUUCGUAGUAGGCGCACUAUACGCAUGUGGAUCAGCUCUUGGAACCACAGGAUACAUAUGGGCAUUCCGAGAACAAUGGCAAGUCGCAGGGAAGGUCUUCGCCGAGACCUGGAUACUCCUGUGGCUCAUGAUGCACAUAUACUAUCUCAUGUGGGACACCGCCACCGCAUUUCUGCCCAUAGGCGCUAUGCCGUUCAUCAUUGUUACGUUCCUCUUCCUGAGCAUUACGAGCGCCAAUGGCCCCUUCGAAGUGACCCCGGGAUUCUAUCGUUGGAGCCAAAGUCUGCCUGCAUUCGAAACUCUGCAGAUGCUUUGGAAUAUGUAGUCCGGGAGCUUCACGAAGCGAGAGAUACAAAGGUAUCAGGGAAUUCGUUAUGAAUGGCAACCUCAAUGAAGCUGUCGCCAAGGUCAAGUUCAUGGAGAGACCUUCAGGCGCAGCAUUUACUUGCGACCCGUGCUGGAUCGACACAAUCGCCCAAGUGCCGGGAUUUGUCCUCAACGGCAGCACUUCAACGCCUCCUGAUUUGGUCUUCCUCUCAAACAGGCUGGGAGAGUCUGAAGAUGGCGAAGGCGCUGUCUUACAAGACGGAAUACAUGUGCUAUGUCCGGAUGCAGGCGUCAGAUAGCCCUGGGUUAUACUUAGGCGAUGGAUCUCUGUUCCAUGGCGACGAAGCUAUUGCUGUGGCCACCGGCCUUAAGUUCCACGAAGUCAGGAAGGAAAACCUGCACAAGGUUUUGCCAGGUAGUCGCAAUCUCUCUGGUCGAACUGCCGCGCGUGACCCUCCGCUGGCUCAGAGUCCAGUCGCGGUGCGAAAGGAAAACAUCAGUCCUGCGUCGCAACCUGUCGCCAGACAGAAAAGCCAACCGUCACGGCCAUCCAGGAUAGAGAGAGCACCCCAGACUUCAAAUAGUUUCCCCAAGGUCCUCGGUGUUCUUUCGCAAGAAAUCGGGGUAAGGUCGGAAGAGCUUGCUAACGACGCGGCCUUCGAGAACCUGGGAAUCGACUCAUUGUUGACAAUUUCCAUCGGUAGCAGACUCAAGGACGAGCUUCAGCCUGAUCUUCCUCUGACGCUAUUCACGGAGUGUGCAACCGUCUCGCAAUUGCGCGACUUUUUCCAGAAAACAGUCGAUGC